GCGCAGAACUACCCCGCCUGUAUCGCUAUGGUAGCGGCGUCCGGGUGGGCCGGGCCUGGAAGCUCCUACACCGGGUGGGCCGCGAUUAUGGACGACUUCACUUCCAGUCGGGCAUGAGCGGGGCCUCCCGCUGCCUUAUGCGCCGCUACCGCAGCUUCCCGACUGUAGGCCUCCUUCGGGAACAUGCCCCAGGCCGCAUACUGUUACAUGCGGGUCGUGGGCAGGGGUAGUUACGGGGAGGUGACGCUGGUGAAGCAUCGGCGGGACGGCAAGCAGUAUGUCAUCAAAAAGCUGAACCUCCGGAAUGCCUCCAGCCGGGAGCGUCGAGCGGCAGAGCAGGAGGCUCAGCUCCUGUCUCAGUUGAAGCACCCCAACAUUGUCACCUACAAAGAGUCAUGGGAGGGCGGAGACGGUCUGCUCUACAUCGUCAUGGGCUUCUGCGAAGGAGGCGAUCUGUACCGGAAGCUCAAGGAGCAGAAGGGGCAGCUUCUGCCUGAGAGUCAGGUGGUGGAGUGGUUUGUCCAGAUCGCCAUGGCCUUGCAGUACUUACAUGAGAAGCACAUCCUUCAUCGAGAUCUGAAAACUCAGAAUGUCUUCCUAACAAGAACAAACAUCAUCAAAGUAGGUGACCUAGGCAUUGCCCGAGUGUUGGAGAAUCACAGUGACAUGGCGAGCACCCUCAUUGGCACACCCUAUUACAUGAGUCCUGAGCUGUUCUCCAACAAACCCUACAACUAUAAGUCGGAUGUUUGGGCUUUGGGAUGCUGCGUGUAUGAAAUGGCCACCCUGAAGCAUGCUUUUAAUGCAAAAGACAUGAAUUCUUUAGUUUAUCGGAUUAUUGAAGGAAAGUUGCCACCAAUGCCAAAAGUUUACAGUGCGGAGCUGGCAGAGCUGAUAAGAACCAUGUUGAGCAGGAGACCUGAGGAGAGGCCCUCUGUGCGGAGCAUCCUGCGGCAGCCCUACAUAAAACACCACAUCUCCUUGUUCUUGGAGGCCACCAAGGCGAAAACUUCCAAAAAUAAUGUUAAAAACUGUGACUCCAGAGCCAAACCCGUUGCUGCUGUAGUUUCCAGAAAGGAAGAACCAAAUCAUGAAGUGAUUCCCUACCAGCCACGCUCUUCUGAGGGCUCUGCUGUACAUGCCACGGGUGAAGAUAAAUGUCUGUCCCAAGAAAAACCAGUGGACAUUGGUCCCUUGAAAUCACCUGCUAGUCUCGAAGGCCACACUGGCAAACAAGACAUGAACAGGACUGCAGAGUCGUGUGCCACAGUCAGUAGGAUAAAUAUCGAUAUCUUACCUGCAGAAAGGAGGGGCUCAGCGAAAGGUGGCGUAGUUGAGGAGGGCCGACCACAGCACGUGGAUGCUUCUAGUGAAGUAGACCGUCAAUGCAGUAUUUCUCAAGAGAAGGAGAGGCUACAGGGCAACAGCAAGUCCAGUGAUCAGCCGGAAAAUCUCCUUCCCAGAUGGUCCUCUGGUGGUGGUGAUGGGGAAGGGAAUGAACUGGUGAAGCCGUUGUACUCCUCGGGUAAAGACCAAAAGCCACAGCAGGAUCAAGGUACUAGCGGGUGUAUUCUAGACGAUCAGGACAGCAUCCACCCAAGACUGCAGCCGCACAGCUCUGUAUCUGAACCUUCUUUGUCCCGGCAGCGAAGGCAGAGAAAAAGGGAACAGACGAACCACGGUCGGGCAAAGAGCCAGCUCCAAGAAUCACCCCCUCGUCUUGUGCCUUCUCACCCUGAUAUUGGGAAAGCGGAUAUCAUAACUACACAGCAAAGUGAUGGAAACCAAAGUGGACCUGUGGCUAGGUCUGUAAACGGUUCAAGGUCUAGUUCGACAGCGUCAUCAAAGGAUCGGCCAUUAUCAGCCAGAGAGAGGAGACGACUAAAGCAGUCGCAGGAGGAGAUGCUCCCCUCAGGCCCUGCAGUUGAGAGAACUCCAAGUGCAGUAGAGCCAGUGAAACCACAGGAAGAAGACCAACCCAUCCCUGCCCAACGAUUCUCCUCUGACUGCAACAUCGCUCAGGUGAGUCCCACACUCCUGAGGGGAGAGAAGAGACUGAUCCAUGGACUGUCUGAGGAUGAGUUAAGUUCUUCCACAAGCUCAACUGAUAAAUCAGACGGGGAUUCCAGGGAGGGGAAAAGUCAUACAAAUGAAAUGAGAGACUUGGUGCAGCUGAUGACUCAGACUCUGAGGCUGGAAGCUAAAGAGAGCUGUGAAGAUCUUCAUGUACCAAACCCAGGAUCAGAGUUCAGACUUCAUCGCAAGUAUCGAGACACACUGGUGCUCCACGGCAAGGCUGCAGAAGAGGGGGGACCCCCCUGUGCGGAGUUCCCUCCAGGUAUCACACCAGGUUCUGAAAAGAUCAGGAGAAUAGUUGAAGUCUUAAGAGCUGAUGUGAUCCAGGGCCUGGGGGUUCAGCUUUUAGAGCAGGUGUAUGAUCUUUUGGAGGAGGAAGAUGAGUUGGAGAGAGAGGCACGAUUACAGGAGCACAUGGGAGACAAGUAUACAACUUACAGUGUGAAAGCUCGCCAGUUGAAGUUUUUUGAAGAAAAUGUGAGUUUUUGAGGUUUGUUCUAACAUGCUGCCAGAACUAAAGAUCUAUUUUCAAAGGUUUUUUCAUCUUAAAAAACCUGUUUCAGUCAUUUGGAGGCUGACUACCAUCCUUUGAUAUCGCUUGGAGUCUUCUUACCAUAAAAAACUGAAGAGUUUGAAACAAUAUGAAACAAGUUCACAAAAGAAAAAAACUUUGAAUAUCAUGUUUAUGAGAAAAAUGUUCUGUUUGUUACUGUUUACUGAGCCUUAAGCCAAUUUUAUAUUUAGUUUAUUUUUUUAAAGAUAUUAACUAGCUUGAAAUGGGGCCAGAAAACAUUGGGUUCAACUGUACGAUAGUGAUAGAAGCAACAAGAGAAACAAACCGUGUCUUGUGCUGAUGCUUGCUACCGUUAAUAAUCGUAGCGAACAGUUCAUUCUCCAAUAUCAAUUCACUCUUCUGGGAGUAGAUUUAAAGAACAUGAGGUUCUGUGUUGCAUUUGAACAGCUGGUUUUUACACAGCAGUGGACUUUUAUUACUUGAUUUAGUCUGAACGUUAGCGAGGUUGUCUUUAGACCCUUAGAACUCUUUUUUAUUUUAAAGAUUUAUUUUAUUAUAUAUCAGCACACUGUAGCUGUCUUCAGACGCACCAGAAGAGGGCAUCAGAUCCCAUUACAGAUGGUUGUGAGCCACCAUGUGGAUGCUGGGAAUUGAACUCAGGACCUCUGGAAGAGCAGUCAGUGCUCUUAACCACUGAGCCAUCUCCCCGGCCCCAGAACUCUUGUUCAAUCUAAAGUAUAACUUUGUAAGUCACUAUGACUGACAUGUUUGAUUUCUUUUUCCCAUCAGCAGAAACAUUGUCUUAAACAUGAAUUCCUCUUUCAGUUAAACACUAAGUCCAGGUCCUGUAGGAUAUAUGCAAUGCUUGUCUUUAUGCACAGCCAAGUGUCAGCUGAGUCCCCACAUUUCAAACGUGUAAGGUAAGGCUGGGUGCAGUAGUGCACACUUGAAGUCCUAGCACCUGAGAAACAGAGGCAGGUGGGUUAUGAGUUCAGUGCUAGCCUGGAUGGCAAAGUGAAGUCAAGGGCAGCUCAGACUACAGAGGGAGGCCCUCGUCUCAAAAAAGUCAUAAUUGCAUAUCACAUGUUGUGUUAGUUAUUUUAAUAAGUAAUGUCCAUCUAAAAAGAUUUUUAUAAAUAAAAUACACGUUGUAGUGGUUUGAA